AUGAUUGAUCACAAUGUGCUGAUUGACGAGCUAAGGAACAUGCAGGUGCACCCUGUUCUAGUUAACUGGAUGAUUGCCUUUCUGUGUAACAGGACUCAGGCUGUGAGGAUUGAGAACAUUAUAUCUGAGUGGAAAACUCCCAAGGGCGGUAUACCACAGGGCACUAGGUUAGGAGUAAUUUUUUUUACAAUCAUGACAAAUAAUUUAUUGCGUUUAUGGAACCUUAGAAUAAAGUUUGCUGAUGAUACCACAGCCCUUGAAAUAAUCCCCAGGAACAGUGCCAGCCAACUCAAUUUUGUUACAAACGAUGUCUAUGCCUUUUCUGAAGAUCACAGAAUGAAAUUGAACCCUACUAAAUGCAAGGAAAUGCUAAAUAAUUUUAUGAGUAACCAUAAUUUUCUUGUGAAUCCUAUUUUAAUUCGUAGUAACACGGUUAAGGGAGUCACGACAUAUAAGUUACUGGGCGUUUAUGUAAGCAAUGACCUGAAAUGGAACCAUCAUGUAGAAGUUUUAGCGCAAAAGGGAAACAGAUGGAUUUACUCUUUAAGGGUCCUUAAGCAAUGUGGUGCAUCUCCAACUUCACUGGCUAAGGUUUAUACAACCAUUGUUCGUGCCGUUCUAGAAUAUGCUGCCCCUGUAUGGCAGAAUAUACCAGAUUUUCUAUCUUAUAAGAUUGAGAGUAUUCAGAAAAGGGCUAUGGGCAUCCUUUUUCCUUUCAUGAAUUACACCGAGGCAUUAAUGAUGAUGUUCGUCCUUCGCUGGCGAAGAAGACCAUGA